AGAUCCUUCCAGUUGUUCAAAAUAACUAAUGAUAAUAAUGAUGAGUUAAUGGAAAAGAUGAAAGCAAAUAUUGAAGCACUUAAUUUUCGAAAUGUAAUAGAUCUUGAAAAUAAUUCAAAUGAUGACAAUAGUAAAGACGAAGUUGAUAGUAGAGAAAUCUCUCCCAUUACCCACCACGAGGUGCUAAAUACUAUAAAGGUGCUAGAACAUUACCUUAUUCAACAGGAUCUAAGUGAUAAAGACUGGUUGGACCACGAUCAAGCUUUAUUACAGUUACAAAAAACAAUCAGAAAAAGUCGAAGUGCAUCUUUUAAACAAGUGAACCUUGAAACUUUAUUUCAAUUGAUUGACUAA